UGGUCUUGAGGAGGCGAUUUAAUUGUGAGUUGUAAAAAAAAGAUCCCAUAAAAAAAAAAAAAAACGAACGACCAGAAUUGUAAUUUGCGCACGCUGCCGAUCCCGGUGCAAGCGUGGAAUAACAAUAAGUGAAAAAAACUAUGAAAGAUUAACGAAUGUCAGCAGCAACAACACAGAUGCGCGCGUUCUACGUGAUUAUACGCAGACGUAUAUUCCAUACACUUCACCCCUUAUCUUCGGCCCCGCGGGUUUGCUGCACGGGUUAAGAAAAAAAAAAAUGAAUACAAAAAAAAAAAGCCGGCCGCUUCCAAGUUCUCCGCGACGGGGCGCUGCCGUAGCAACUGGUCCCGAAUCAGGUUAAUAUAAACCGUCCGCGUGGUGCCGGUGCGUCAGUGUAUCUGGCGCUGUCAGUUGGUCGGAAUCCGAGGAUUACGUUUCCUGAAAUCUAUUUGUUGUCGAAAUAGUAGAGUAAAUUUAUUUCGCGUACGUUGUGUUUGUACGGUUUUUUUUUCAAGGCAAUCGUACUUGUGAAUUCAGUGCUUUGCCCAUUGGUUAUUUAACUCAACAGAACUAGAGUAAGGAUGACGCCAAAUAUAACGAGCGCAUCGACAGGGGUGCUCUUUGAGGAUGAGACGGUGGAUGAAACGACAAUUUCUCCACCGACAGAAAUAAUAAAGGAGGAGAAGCCAAAAUAUGUGAGACAAAUCGUGUGGCGAAACGUCAUUAUCUUCGCUUAUCUUCAUAUCGCAGCUGUAUACGGUUUUACCCUAAUAUUCACAUCCGCCAAAUUAGCAACUACGAUAUUCGCGAUAUUUCUUUACCAGUUAUCCGGCUUGGGUAUCACAGCUGGCGCACAUAGACUUUGGGCCCACAAAUCUUACAAAGCGAAAUGGCAGCUCAGGCUAUUACUUACCAUUUUCAACACGUUGGCAUUCCAGGAUGCCGUGUUAGAUUGGGCCCGAGAUCACAGAGUUCAUCAUAAAUUCAGUGAAACAGACGCGGAUCCUCACAACGCCAAGAGAGGAUUUUUCUUCGCACAUGUCGGUUGGUUAUUGUGCAAGAAGCAUCCAGAUGUCAAGAGCAAAGGCAAGGGAAUUGACCUUAGCGACCUUGAGAAUGAUCCGAUACUUGCAUUCCAGAAAAAGUACUACUUAUAUUUGAUGCCAGUGAUUUGUUUUAUCCUGCCAACCGUAAUACCCGUUGUUUGUUGGGGUGAAACUUGGACCAAUUCAUAUUUUAUACCAGCUGUCCUGAGGUACAUCUUCACGCUGAAUUCGACGUGGCUCGUAAAUUCCGCAGCACAUUUGAUCGGCAGCAAACCUUACGACAAGUACAUAAACCCGUCGGAAAAUGGUGGUGUGGCGUUUGUGGCACUUGGAGAGGGUUGGCAUAAUUAUCACCACGUAUUCCCAUGGGAUUACAAAACUGCUGAACUCGGGAAUUACAGAUGUAAUACCACGACUGCAUUUAUUGAUUUCUUCGCUAAAAUCGGUUGGGCGUACGAUCUGAAAAGCGUGUCUACCGACAUGGUUAGAAAACGCGUCGAGAGAACGGGCGAUGGGAGCCACGAGGUAUGGGGAUGGGGUGAUAAAGACCAACCCCAAGACGAACGAGAAAGUGCAAUUAUAACGCAUAAAAAAUCGCAAUAGUGGACGGUGCAGUGCAGGAUAUUGCGAUCCGGAUAGCAGAGGGACGAAAAUCGAUAUCGCUUGUAAAAAGGCGGAGAACAAGACGUUCUCUGCAAACCCUUCGAACGCCAAAUCGACUAACUAGAAAUAUUCUGAUUUUCUAUUAAGUUUCUGCAAACAUCGCGGCCGCCAGUAUAAUAUUCAGAAAAAGGUACUUUGUUUCGGUCGUCUAUUGAGUAAACUUGGAACUGAAGAAAGAUAGUCGACGAUAGCUUGCGGGCAGCAUUCAAGGGAAGCGAGUGAAUACGUCUUUAAACGACUGAAACAGAAAUAGGUACCAUACUUACCAGUUAAUGCGUUGGAUAUCGUAUUGAUCGAUAAAGCGGGUGAAGAGAAUUUGGGGAACUUUUUUUUAGCUUUAAAUACGAACUGGUCGAUACCUCCUUAUUAUAUUUAUACAUGUGUGUGAGAUCAUCUCUUCCGCAUAAUUUGAAUUGAAGUUGAAAUCGAAUGGUUGGUAAAAGUGUUCGUAUUCAUACCUCCGAAAACAUGUCUGCAACACCUUCUCAACCAUGGGGCAAAUAUCGUUGAUCUACUGAUAAAUUUAAUAACCCAUCGUCAAUACUUAUUGUCAGAGUAAAAAGGACUGAACAGACGAUCGUUACUGAAUUUAACUUAGGUAAAUCUUAUAUGUUUCUAAAUCAUUAUCUAUUCACAUUCUUCGUGUACGUUCGAGGUAUUACAUUUUUCCAGAAUGUAUACAACUGUAUACGCAAAGGAUGUGGAGAAGAUAUCCAACUUGACGGUCGCAAAGCUCGUAGAUUGGCUCAGGAUAAAUGAAGAAUAUUUUCAAAAGAUCGUGUAGUAUCCAAGUAUAUUUGUACAAAGGUGUGUAAGUUUCUGACAUUUGAUGUCAGAGGUGAUAGGAUAUUUGGAGAGUCCAAAACUUCCGUGGAUUCAAAGGCAGUUCUUAAAGAUAAGAAAUAAACGGAAUACAUUCGUCAUUAUCAAUUGGUUCAAGUUAUUUUUGCUUUUGUGUCCUGUCAAUUUAUUGUCAAUUGUAGUACACGUAUUUGUUGUGAACAUAAAAUCGAACCAUUUUGCGGCCAUCAACUAAUUUGAAAUGGUUCUUAUGAAGAAACCAAAUUGUAGUGUAUGCAUAACUUUCGUCAUUGAGCCAAUCGCGUGAUUAUUUGGUCAGACUUUAUUCGAAUAAAGUCUUACAUUGCGACAUGUUUUCAGGAUCAGUUUUUGUAUUAUUCUUUAACGGUGUCAUGGUAGACCUGGAAAUAAGGUUCCUAGUGUCUUCUCUCAUUGAGUUUCCCUUUACUUCUGAACGUUUCUUUUCUUUUUCAUUCUGAUCGUUGGUAACAGUUCGUCCCGGUUACAUCUGUAUCGACGUGAUUAUUAUUCUGGUAGUCCUUUGUGAUAAUUUAUUACCAUUAUUAUUUAUUUUAUUUUGGUCCAAUAUUCUUGGAACUAUUUUUUUUUUUUUGUUUUUCUCUACACUGAUAAAACGUUUGGUUGUCAUGAACGAUUUUAUUAGGAAUUAGUUACAAUUUGGUUGUUGUUAUACUUUCUCAGUUUCUUAAUCUUUUCCUCUAUUUCUUUUGUCUAAUAUUGUUUGAAAUUUUUUCGUUCUUACCACUGGCUGAAAAUGUUAUAUGGAAUAAUGAACGCUGGUACGGGAGUGCAGACACAUGUUAACAAUAAGAUGAAAAACAAAAAUUAAUGAGAAACAUAAUAUUAAUAAGAAAAUGAAUAACAAUAAAUUCAAAAUUUCUCAAUGGAAGUUCUUAGCUUCCAGUUAGCUGGUUUAAGUUCAACUUGUUAAGGCUGAUUUUUAAUAUUUCGCUGGGGUAACAAUUAAUGACUUCGCAGUAUAACAAAUUCAAAGUGUUGGAAGAGUUUGGGGUGAUGAUGUAAAGAUGCAUCGAACAAAAGAUAAACCUACACAUAUAGUAAUACGAUUCAAAAAUCUUCCAGACUGUUUCUUCUGCUGCUGGUUAUCAGAUGAACGCUUCUGUUUGAAUAAUGAACUCCGUAUAAUUUUACCCACGCCUGGAAAGUCAGUUGAAAGUAAUAAUACUAAAAUUUAAAUACGAUUCCCAAAAUUUAGAUCUUAACUAUCCGACACGACGUAUGCCGAUUGUUUUAAUUGAACCUUGUGAUACAUCGAUCAAUUUAACAUUAGUUUUUGGAAUGGAAGGUUGUAAAGAAAAAAUUCAGUAUAGUAUCAUUUUCACGUGGUUGAAUUUUAUAAUAAUAUACAUGUAAGGUAAAAUCACGAGUUACGAGUUUAUUAAUCACUCGUACCUACUUUGGAGUAACCUAAGAAUAACUACAAUGAAUAUCAUGAGAAGACCACUAUCGCCAAUGAUUAGUUGUGUUCGAAUGAUUCAAAUGAGAAAAAAAUUUAUUCUAUGCCAUUCGACUAUAGUUAUUACCUUGAGCCAAUCUAAUUAAUUAUUCCUAAUGCAUAGGCAUACGUCCGACACGCAUCACAAAAACUAAUAAUUGUCGUAGGGACAUCACUGGUAUAUUAUACACCUUGCGACGGAUAUCAAGUAUCCGAUAACACAAAAGAGCAACAUGAUUUAUUUGUACCAAACAUACACACAUUAUAUUUAAUAAUAAUUAAUUGUAGCUUACACGGAGUAACAAUUUCUAAUUAUCUGUAUAUCUGUGUAAUUACGUUGUAUGUAUAUAUUAGAUGAUAAUUUAUUUUAUUCAUAUUUUGUUACGUUUUUCCUCAUUCUGUACUAUUAUUAGUAAGUGCUAAGAUUUAUUUAGUUUUAUGAUUUAAGGAAUCACUAGAAGAUUCUCUGGUACCCUAUCAAUAUCUCGUUCAGUUGUAGAAAAAUUGUUUCGCUUAUCUUAAUCGUUAGUAUUUUCUUAUUCAUUGGUUGUUAAUUAGAAUCCCAUAGAAAAUUACCGCUUUUCACUUCUGGUGUACAACCUGAUAUUGGUUAUCGCAAUGGCUCAUAUCUUGUUUCUUUUCAUGAAUUGUAGUUUCAUCGGAAAUGUAGUUUUUUCCAAUCGUGGUUUACUCAGUGGUUUACUCAGAUUUUUAACAGUAACUACAUGAACAUAAAACAUUCGCGGUACACAGAGAUAUUUAGGUUUAAAUAUUUUGAAUGCACGAUAACGAUAUUUAACGUGAUGCAUGGAUGCGGCAGAGAAUUUAUAUAAUAUACAGCACAAAAUAUUUACGAUUGACGUAAAAAAUAUUACCUGAAUUUAAUUUAUACAAAUAUAUAUACAAAUAUAUAUAUUAUUUCUCUUAACCGCAAAAUUUAUCUAUGAUAUAAGUAAAGAUAAAAGAAAUUAUUUAAAACUUUCACGAAAGAGAUGAGUAAUUAGAAAUACAGAAGAAAAUCUUUGUGAAAAGUAAUUCAAAUUGUAAUAUCUAUUUUCAGAGAACCAGAUGUAAUAUGGGUGAAAAAGAUUUGAAUAUGACUUUACGGGAAAACAUGUCUAACAUUGUGAAAUUCAAAGUUUUCUGUAACCUGAAGCAUCUAGAAGAAAUCUAUUUUCAUUCAUAAAAAUGAUAUAUUAUUACUAAUGUAUUAUACGAUGAAUAUGUUGUAAUGAAAAUUCUAAUGAAAAUAGUAGAUAUGAUAUUUAAUAAAUAUAUAUACAUAUAUAUUUUUCUGUAAA